UCCAUGUCAGAAAUAUUAAAUAUUAACUGGGCAUUUUUUAUUACAACGGUAUAGGCCGAAGCCUGUUAGAGUUAGUGGGCCAAAGCUAGCAUUGCUCUGAGGAGAGUGAGUAGGCCAAAGCCUGUUAGUGGUAGUUUUUACCUCAGGAAGGGAUCUCCUCAGUAUAAAGUAAACGUCAGUCUGAGGUAAAUAAACCGUGUAUGAGAGAAGCCUUGUGUUUUAAAGCUCCUAUGUGUGAAGGCUGCUGCAUGUAAAGCUACUAUUCAUUUGUCAAAUUAUGUUAUAGAAACUUUUUUAUUAUUACUAUUAUUUUACUACAAAGAAAAGCCUCCAAUGGAAGCUAUAACAUUAGUCUGUGUAGAUAGAUAAAACCUUCAUAAAAACUCAAACAAUCACCCAAGUAAAAAAAAAGAAGCACAAUCAAAGCCCUGACAGACCGUGCAACAAAGAAUCUGCAAAUCCCACCUUCUCCAAAGGGAACUGAACCACCUAAACUGGGCUCUACAGGCCAAUGGAGACUCCACCACAGACAUCAGAAGAGCUGCAAAGCCAAGAACAAGCUACAAGAGUAAAGACAAAGAUCCACCCAGAGAAAAGGUGUGUUAAUGCGCUGAGCUGCUGAACUUGCAGACCGAAAGGUUGCAGGUUUGAAUCCGGGGAGCGGAGUGAGCGCCCGCUGUUAGCUCCAGCUUCUGCCAACCUAGCAGUUCGAAAACAUGCAAAUGUGAGUAGAUCAAUAGGGACCCAUUUCUGCUCUCUUGUAUGGUGAGACAUCUGGCAUCUUGGAUUCUCCGUUAUGAAAUACACAGCGGCCACAUUGCCUUUAAGGUGGAUUUCAAUUGAUGUUCACCUGCCGCAGAACUGUAUCCUGUUUUGACAUGCGGCUACUGCCAUUUACACAGUGCUACCUUGGAAAAGGGGUAACUGGCCAUGAAGUAUGCAUUGUUGCUGUCUAUGGCAUCAGGGUCGGAGACGGCAGGGGCAAUAUGGUGAGAGAACCCCUAAAAUCUGUUGUGGCCCUGCAUAGCUUCUUGUCUUGGUAGGGGUAUCAAUUAACUUUUUGUGCUUGAGACAAAAAAUUGAGUGGUCAGAUGCCUUCCAUCGGCUAGCCCCCCUCCCUCUAUACUUGCCAAAAAUAAUGUGGUUAUUUUGUUAUUUUUUUCUUUUUCUUCUUUUGCCUUCUACUUUGUAUUCUUGGAGACUUCUGCCUUAGGAUGCAAGUUAUAGAAGUUACCUAAUAGUCACUCUGUAUCAAUUAUGUACAAGCAACUUUUUCAUGUAUAUAUUGUACUUUUGCUUUAUUUCUCUUUCUUCCAAGUUUCUCAACUGGAUAUUGCAGUCAGUUAAUCAUAGAAUCGUAGAGUUGGAAGAGAUCUCGUGAGCCAUCUAGUCCAACCCUGUUCUGCCAAGAAGCAGGAAAACUGCAUUCAAAGCACUCCUGACAGAUGGCCAUCCAGCCUGUUUAAAAGCCUUCCAAAAAGUAGCCUCCACCACACUCUGUGUCAGAGAGUUCCACUGCUGAACAGCUCUCACAGUUAGGAAGUUCUUCCUAAUGUUCAGGUGGAAUCUCCUUCCCUGUAGUUUGGAGCCAUUGUUCCGCAUCCUAAUCUCCAGGGCAGCAGAAAACAAGCCUGUUCCCUCCUCCCUAUGAUUUCCCCUCACAUAUUUAUGCAGUGCCCUCAUCAUGUCUCCUCUCAGACUUCUCGUCUGCAGGCUAAACAUGCUCAGCUCUUUAAGCUGCUUCUCAUAGGGCUUGUUCUCCAGACCCUUGAUAAUUUUAGUUGCCCUUCUUUGGAGCCAUUCCAGCUUGUCAACAUCUCCCUACUUGUAGUAUGAGGAAGCACCCUUGCUCUUGAGCAGACAAGACUUUGCAAAACUAAAAUUCAGACCUUGCAAAACUACAGCUCCCAGGAUCCCAUAGCAUUGAGCCCUGGCUCUUAAGACAAGGGAAGAGAAUUGUUACUUUAAAAUCCUACCAACACUUCAGGAGUGUAAAUUGCCCCCUUUGCUUCCCAGUGGUUGCAUUUCAUUGCAACCACAUGGACUUGGACUUAAGCCAUGCCUAUGAAUGGGAGACCUCCAAGGAAGCAGCACAAGGGUUAAGAUGAGAGAGUCUGCAAGCAAGAACAGAAAAGAGAGAAGGUGGGGUGUUUUGUCAAAUGGAUGAAGUCACUUCCUGCCCCCCUCCUUUUCCUAAAAGUGAGUAAGGUGAUGGCAGGCCAUUUUUUAAGGAAAAGAACUGACAAGCCUAUAAAAUGCUCAGAGUGCGGCCAGAGCUUCAAUGAGUCAUCCCUCCUUGUGGCCCAUGAAAAAACACACAAGGAAGAGAACAAGGCCUUUGCUUGCACAGAGUGUGGUCAGGGCUUCAUCACAAGAGCGGGGCUCUUGUCUCACCAGAAGAAACACGCAAGACAGAAGAGUCAUCGGUGCAAAAAAUGUGGGAAGAGGUUCAAUUUGCAGUCCUCCCUUUUGGCCCAUGAAAAAACCCAUACAGAAGAGAAGAAGCCCUUAGCUUCUGCCAAGCGCAGUCCAAGUUCCAAGAAGAACGCUAAAACUCUGCCCCAUCGGUGCAAAAAAUGUGGACAGCGCUUCCCUUACAUGAGCAGUCUUGUUCUACACAACAGAAGUCACACUGGUGAGAAGCCGUACAAAUGCGCUGACUGCAGAAAGUGCUUCCGGACUGCGUCAGGUUUCAAAGUUCACCGCCAGAUCCACUUGGAAGAGAAACCAUACUCCUGCUCAACCUGUGGGAAGGCUUUCAGUCAGCGCAACAACCUUAUUGUACAUGAGAGACUCCACACAGGUAAGAAGCCAUAUAAGUGCAAGGAUUGUAUUAAGAGGUUUGUGGAUCAGUCAUCCCUCAAGAAGCACCGAAGGACCCACACGGGAGAGAAGCCAUAUGUCUGCCCCGAAUGCGGGAAGACUUUUGCCCUGAAUUCAGGCCUGGUACAGCAUACAAAGAUACACACUGGCGAGAAGCCCCAUAAAUGUGCCUUCUGCCAGAAAUGUUUUCGGGACAAAUCAGGAGUCAUCUCCCAUGAGAGAACCCACACCAAGGAGACACCCUUUCAAUGCACGAUCUGUUUGAAAAACUUCAGCCAUCGCUCCAACCUAAACAAGCAUGAAAGAAAUCAUUUCUAAGCCAAAGACAUGCAAACUCAGCUAAGGUGGAAAGGACAUGGUUUGGACACUGAAUGUCCUUGUGUAUGGGAAUGAAGUCAAUGAAAAUGGACCAUUAUGUUCUCCCAACAGGGAGAGAAACUAUCCCUAUUAUUGUGUCUAAUUAAUUUGAUAGUAGUUAGAUUACAUUCAUCAAUAGCUGGAUGAAAAUUCUAUACGCUGUUUUACUUCUUUUGGAAGUUACGUUGAUCAUAUGAAGACUAAUAUGACCAUAUAUAUAUAUAUAAAAAAAAUAAUGUUUAUUAUUUGCCAAACUUGUCAUUAACAAAUACAAAGACAUAAACUGAAACUAUAGGGUAGGUAGUGACUGGGGGUGAGAGGUAAACACAUACAAAUGACUUACAGAGAGGAUGGGGAGGGGGUAAAAAAAGAAAAGUACAAAAAAAAUAGAAAGGAAAAAAUAAAAUAAAAUGACUUCCGUCUAUUUGCAUGGUAUGUGUAUAUAAAGUUCAGUUCAUCACGUAUCAACUCUUCUAGCACAGGCAUCACUUUCUUUCUCGUGCCGGAGUCCUUCUUCUUCUCUGUCUCCUUCCUCUAUGCCCUCAAAUUAGUAUUUUAAAAUUCUUAUCUUUUAAAUAAUUCUUAACAGGUUCCCAAUUUGUUGGUUUUUUAAAUCUGCCUGGAUCAUUUGUUAAUAAGUAUGUCAGUUUAUCCAUAUUCAUAAUUUCAUAUGACCAAGCAUCUUGAUAUAACAUUAUGUUGUCAACGUUUUUCAUGGCUGGAAUCACUGGGCUGCUGUGAGUUUUUCGGGCUGUAUGGCCAUGUUCCAGUAGCAUUCCCUCCUGACAUUUCACCUACAUUUGUGGCCGACGUCUUCAGAGGUCUGUUGGAAGGGAGGCAAAUGAAAUGUAUAUAGGUUGCUGUGAGUCUUCCGGGCUGUAAUGGCCAUGCUCCAGAAGCAUUCUCUCCUGACGUUUUGCCCACAUCUGUGGCAGGCAUCCUCAGAGGUUGUGAGAUGCCUGCCAUAGAUGUGGGUGAAACAUGAGGAAAGAAUGCUUCUGAAACACUAAUAAUAAUAAUAAUCAUAAUAAUAAUAAACAAGUUUACUUAUACCCCACCACCAUCUCCCCAAAAAAUUUUCAGUCACGGAGCACCUUUGAAAUGUGAAAUUUAAAGGGGAGAACUGGAUUUUAUCUCGCAGAUACAUACUGUAUUUGACAAAUAAAAUGACAAUAAUUGGGUUGCUGUGAGUUUUCCGGGCUGUCUGGCCGUGUUCCAGAAGCAUUCUCUCCUGACAUUUCUAUGGGAGCAUCUUCAGAGGUUGUGAAGUCUGUUGGAAACUAGGCAAGUGGGGUUUAUAUGCCCGUGGAAGGUCCAGGGUGGGAGAAAGAACUCUUGUCUGCUUGAAGCAAGUGUGAAUGUUACAAUUGGCCACCUUGAUUAGCAUUGAAUGGCCUUGCUGCUUCCUGCCUGGGGGAAUCCUUUGUUAGGAGGUGUUAGGUGGCUCUGAUUGUUUCUUGUCUGGAUUCCCCCUGUUUUCUGAGUGCUGUUCUUUAUUUGCUGUCCUGAUUUUAGAGUUUUUUUAAAUACUAGUAGCCAGAUAUUCCUGACAGAAAACAAUCAGAGUCACCUAACACCUUUCAACAAAGGAUUCCCCAAGCAGGAAUCAGCCAGGCUUUGAAGCUGCAUGGCUAUUCAUUGCUAAUCAAGGUGACCAAUUGCAACAUUCACACUUGCCUCAAACAGACAAGAGUUAUUUCUCCCAAUCUGUACAUCAUUCCACAGAUACAUAAACCUCACUUGCCUAGUUUCCAACAAACCUCAAACCUCUGAGGACGCCUGCCAUAAAUGUGGGUGAAAUGCUUCUGGAACAUGGCCAUACAGCCCGGAAAGCUCAGAGCAACCCAGUGAUUCCGGCCAUGAAAACCUUUGCCAACACAAUCGCAAUAAUAUUGACGAAGCAAGGAACUUUCACAAUUUAAGCAUGCAAGACUAAAUGUUAUUAUUCGCAACUUUUAUUUUCUCCACCAAUUUGACAUUACAAACAGAACAAAACACACAAUAGAUAAAAGAAAAAUUGUGACAAAACUAAGACAAAACAUUUGGGAAUGAAUUUAGAGCACAUAUUGCAGAUCUACAAUUUGUCACACACAUACAACAGGCAUUUUAAGACAUUGUUACAGUUGUUACAAACUUUUUCUUGGUUUCACAAAAAAAAAUUCAAUGAGAAGGAUGAGACUGUUUUGAUUUGCACAAUGAGAAUUUUGGACAACUGCAUCCAGAUAUCAUGCUGUGCACAGAGACAUGAUCUGUAUUUUGUUUUGGUAGAAACAUAUGCAGAGAAUCCUGUGUCACAUAAAUAAGUGGUUGCAAAAGGCAGAAAAGAAGUUCAACUUUAUCCGAUAAGAGUUUAAACUCAUAUUUUAGCAUACACCAAAAAUCUGACACUAAUUGAUUAAUUUCAAACUCUGCUUUUAUUUCAGAAUCUGAUGUCAAAUCAAGGAAGCAUUCAUAUUGUGACGUCAGAGGGGCUGGUUUUUGGGAUACAGACUAUAAUACAGUAGAGUCUCACUUAUCCAACAUAAAUGGGCCGGCAGAACGUUGGAUAAGCGAAUAUGUUGGACAAUAAGGAGAGAUUAAGGAGAAGCAUAUUAAACAUCAAAUUAGGUCAUGAUUUUACAAAUUAAGCACCAAAACAUCAUGAUAUACAACAAAUUUGACAGAAAAGGUAGUUCAAUAUGCAGUAAUGCUAUGUAGCAAUUACUGUAUUUACGAAUUUAGCACCAAAAUAUCACAAUGUAUUGAAGCUGAUGAGGGCAAACCGGCACCGUUUUUUGAAAUCAGCAGGUCAAAUAUACCCAGAAAUAGAGCUAACAUUUGAAAUGCCAAAAUAUGUAUUGGCCUGAGUAAUACUGAUUUCGCUGCCAAUGCUCUGCUGAUGUGUGAGUAUAUCCUGCUGUAGUUUUCUGCAUUUCAUAGAUCCACAGGCUCUCUGUAGCACUUACUGGACUUACUAUGUGCCAUUGGAUAUAAGGGAGACUGAUUUACUAUGGCAUUAUGUAUCAUGGGAUUUGAGCGACCACGAGUUUUGGUAUCAACAGGGCAGGCUGGAUCCAAACCCCAUUGGAUACUGAAGCCCAAAAGAUACUGAACUGUCCUUUCUUUCCUACUCUCAGUUCUAAUAGCAUUCAAAUCCCCCCUUUUUUACUGAAGGCAUGUCUACACCGUAGAAUUAAUCAAGUUUGACACCACUUUGACUGCCACAGCUCAAUGCUAUGGAGCUGUAGUUUAGUGAGGCAGCAGCCCUUUUUGCAGAGAAGGCGAAAGACCUUUCAAAACAACAAUUCCAUAGUACUGAGCCAGGGCAAUUCAAGGAGUGUCAAACUGCAUUAUUCCUACAGUGCAGAUGCACUCUCAGUGCACAUUUACAUGGAUCAAAUUCGUUCCUCCAGGGGUGGCUGGACUCCGUUGUGGCAGCAUGAUAUACCAGGUCCAUUCACCAUAAUGUGGGAUAAGGCUGUGUAAUGUGGCCUUGUGCUAUAUUUUAAAAGUUGCAACAUAUUCCAGAGCGUUUCAGACCACUGUAAGCAGUUGUGUCCUUAUUCGAAAAGCUGUUGUCUUCCUUUCCAUACCUUUCCUAGAUCUAUGCAACGAAAGAUGUUUUGCUCCCUGCCUGCGGUGGCGCAAUGGGUUAAACCCUUGUGCUGCUGAACUGCUGAUCUGAAGAUUGGCAUUUUGAAUCCAUGGGACGGGGUGAGUUCCUGCUCUUAGCCCAAGCUCCUGCCAACCUAGCAGUUUGAAAACAUGCAAAUGUGAGUAGAUCUAUAGGUACCACUUUGACGAGAAAAGGCAAAACGACGCUCCAAGCAGUCAUGCUGGCCACAUGACCAGGAGGUGUCUACGGACACAUGCGCCUUGGCUUGGAAAUAGAGAAAGAGCUGGAGAUGAGUUCCACCUCCAGAGCCGGAAAUGAAAGGAGAAGCCUUUGCCUUUGUCUGUGUGUUUGUGUCUCAUUGUAUGUCAUUGCAAUAAGGCACUGAACAUUUGCCUGUGUCUACUUAUAUACUGUAAUCCGCUCUGAGUCCCCUCGGGGAGAAGUACAGAAUAUAAAUAAAGUGUUGUUGUUGUUGUUGUUGA